CAUCAGCCUUAGCUCGUCGGUCACGCUCGCCAGAUGUUCGAUCAAGGACUUCAACUGAAGGCCAUUGUCGUUCGUGCAAACAUCGAAUCAAAUUGUCAUGUGGUAUGAUAAUUCAUCAUGUGAUGCGAAAGACGAGCUGAGUCGACCCCAAGAUGCUGUUAAGCGUGGCUUCUUCGCAAAGUGAUACUGAUGAAUGAACCUGAAGAUGGGAUGAUCUGAUCAAGUGCCAGGACAAGGCUGAUUGUCAAGUGAUCGACGUCUAACAACACUAACCUAGUGUUAUCCAGGCAAGCCCCGGUGCAUUUGCCACCUCCUUGCUGUUUUAAAUCUUUAUCACCUUAUAUGAUGCAUUAGGUGAUAGGAGUUGUGUGCUAAACCGUUGCUGCAUUUCCUUCCUUGGAAAAUUAAUUACCCUUCCUUGAUACCCUUUUAUGAAAAGGAUUUUUCUGAUGCUUAGUCCUGCUUUAGAAAGACAAAUGUUUUGUUUUAAAACAAAAGGUGAUGCUUCACAGUGGAUGGGAUGUUUUCAAAAAUAAAGCUUGAUGGUGGAUCCAUCAUGGCCAUGAUGGGUUCAACACGGAAAAGAUGUACCUCUGACAGGUACCAAACUUUGGGUUUAAAAUGAUAAAGCUGAGACCAGACGGGUGACUUGCACGAGAAGAGAGUCUCGGUAUAGUGUCUCCGUCUGAGUCGAUUAAGGACCUUGUCGAUGUAGGCUGGAUGAUCGAGGACCCUUUAACUGGUCACAUGCCUCGUCAUGGGUAAGCUUUGCCUUGGGCAGACUAAUACUAGAAAGGCCAACACGCAAUAGAAGUGGAGAGAUGGCGAGAGUAGCGUGUACCCUCCGGGCAAGAGGCUGGACGGUGGUGUAUCUGUGCUCUCGGUUGGCGUGAACCCGGUUUGGUCUUAAGAACCCCGGUGGCAAGUUGACAUAUGCAAGGGUUAAGUGCUACAUAUGUCGUGUGAUUGGAGAUCCUCAACUGAGUAUUAAUCGAUUCAGAUCGCCGUUACUUCCCGGACAUGAAGACUUGGUCACUAACUUACACGUAGCAAUUCAGUGAACUGAAGGGUUGAUAAAAAGACGGCUAGUGUAGGCCAAGUGUUUGAAGUAGGAUAGAAAGAAUUCUAGAUGUAGGUAAAUUUUACUUAACUUGACAAGUAAAAAUGGAUUUUAAGGAUCCACUCAUAGUAAGCUUUUCUGCAAAACAGAGUCUUUGAUUCUUGAUAAGCCUUACCUUGAAUCCCUUUUAAAACCAGCAUACCCUUGAGAGUCUAUUCUUUAGUCGGGUUAGUCCUGCUGAGUACUUGCGUACUUGGGGUUUUAUUCCCAAUGUUGCUGCAGGUUACGAGUCACAUUGAUUGUGAUUGGUGUUAAGCGCCGGUGGGCACGACAUUCUUAUAAGUCUAAGUACUUCUUCUAUACUUCUUAUUGAGGAUGAUCACUUAAGCUAGCAUAUAUUUCAAAACUACACAAUAAUUUAUGACAGUUCAAAGUUAUUUCUUUGAAUCACUUUUGUAAUCACUCCGAUCAUGUACAUUGUAAAACUUGAUGUAACUUGUAAAAUUUGGUAAUAAGAUUUCCGCUGCAAAAUGUUGGUGUGUGUGAUUUGUGUUUACUUAAUCCUGCGGUCCUGGUUGUAAGUGGUUUAUCCGGGGUCCUUUGGGCACUUGGAUGGAUCCUGUUAAGUUAUCUGGUGCACAUGCAUAACCGUCUGAGGUCUUUGAGACAAGGACAGGUGCAUGUGGGCCCAAUAACUUGGGAGGUUCUGCCACAGUAUUCACUCGCACGUCACACUUGGAUUCUCACCUUCUGUCAAGCCAAAGGUAUAAAUGUAAUUCGAUAUUGUUCAUAUUUAUUCAUGAUGAGAUAAUAUUUUGUGUUGUCAUAUGAGUAUUCAUGUUAUUUUCCAUGUUUCAUAUGUUUCUAGUUUCAUUAUUAUAUACUGAAAUGAUGAAGGUACGUCCUUCAUAACUUUCAUCUGAAAAUCAUUAUAUCCUAAGGGAGAUAAUGCUUCGUAGAACGAAGGUCUUUAAACAUUAAUAUUUUGUGUUGCCUUGUUCUUAACUCAUAGCAUUUGAGAAAAAGUCCCCAACACUUAGCUUUAACCCAUGUUGUAGAUUAGCCUUACACAUCACUUGAACUCCCACCUUUGGUGAGUUUAUGCCCACUGGUUUCCCCACAACUUGUUGAGCUAUGAUCAUGUGUGAGCUCACCCUUGCUGUCUCACACCCCCCAUAGGAGAAGAACAGAUGGUUUAGGAGAAGCCACACAACGUGGAGUUUGAUCUGAUCUAGGUGGCGUUUCCCAGUUGACUUAUUGGUGCCAAGGAUGAUCCUUAGUUCGUUUUAUAUUUAUCUUUUAUUUUUGUAAUAAGACUUCCGCUAUGUAAUAAAUACUCUGAUGUUAUUGUGACAUUUAUCUCUAUACACUCUGUUAUUAUAUAUGUUGUCUUCUUGGCGCAUGUAUGAGAUGCACCCGACUUUGUUCCUUAAAGCCCGGGUGUUACAGAAGUGGUAUCAGAGGAAAUGUUGACUGUAGGACGAAACCUAGAUAGAAAUGGACAAAACCCUUACCUACUUACCUUACUCUAAUUCAUUCUAUACUUAUCUUAUCUUGAUCCUGUCUCACCUUUUACUGUCAUACUCUGAUUACUCUUAUCUUUUCUACUCUAAGACAAGAUGGAUUUCACACCUUGGAAUCCUAUAUUUAUGACAUUGUUAAGAGGUAGGAAACCUAAGAAAAAAAUUGAAACUAUUUUCUCUAUCUAAAAAUGUUGUUUGAUUGUUCUGAUGAUAAAUUUCUGAUUUGCUUCUUUGAUUGAUUGAGAUAUUAUAAAAGGACAUCUUAGCAUGUACCACCAUAAGGUAAUGAAUUAGCUAUGGUAGGUAAAACAUUAAUCUGCUUAGGUAAUAAAUCCCCCCAAAGUAACAUGCCUCGUAAUCACUUGCCUUGUCUACAAUCCUUUCUCUCUUACCAUGUGUUUCUAACUCAGAUGGUCAAUACCAGGAAAGGUGGUGGAAUUGAUCUACCUCCCAAUUGACACACUUGGAGGAUAUUUAGACAACAACAGCAACAUCAGAAAGCACCACUGCCUCCACCUCCACCACCAGUUCCACCCCGAAAUAAGCACCGGGAGUUCAUGAGCCAUAAGCCAUCGACAUUCGCUAGUUCUCCUGAUCCACUGGACGCUGAUGAUUGGCUAAAAUCUGUGGAAAAGAUGUUGAAUAUUGCACAAUGCUUUGACCGAGAGAAGGUUCUAUAUGCUUCUGGUCGUCUAACAGGUUCUGCUGCUGAUUGGUGGGAUUCAUACACUGCUGCCCACGAUGCUGCUGAUACUAUCACAUGGGUGGAGUUCGCUACGCAGUUCAGGAACUAUCAUAUGUCAGUCAGCGAGUACCACGAUAAGUUCAUCCAGCUAUCCAGAUAUGCACCUGAUGAGGUUGCGGAAGAUGAGAGGAAACAAGAGCACUUUAUUGAAGGACUCAAUGGACCCCUGCAGUAUGCUCUAGUGGCACAUACAUUUCCAUCGUUUCAGAGGCUGCUUGACAAGGCCCUAGCUAUUGAACACAAGCGUGUUCAGCUAGGAGAUUUGAAGAGGAAGGCUAUAUCCCAGGGUCAGGGAAGCAGCAGUGUUCGUCCACGCUACAGUUCACCCUAGGGUACACCAGUUCGCACUGGCGGAGGCCAACACCUAGUUCAGCACUCACCUCAGGGGACUCCACCGACUUGUCAGGCUACCCCCACUGGCACCCCGACGAAGUUUUCAGGACAAAGUGCAGGCACUACUUGCUACAAGUGUGGGAAGACUAGACAUUAUGCCAAUGUUUGCCCAUAGAGGAUUGCUACUACUCCAGUUCAGAACAAGCCAGGCUCCAGGAUCUAGCAAGGGUAUUCUCGAAGAUUGAUCUCCGAUUGGGUUACCAUCAAAUGAGGAUUAGGCCAUCAGAUAUUCCCAAGAUGGCUUUCUCGACCCGAUAUGGUUUAUAUGAGUUCACUGUUAUGUCGUUUGGACUAACUAAUGCACCAACUUAUUUUAUGAAUCUGAUGAAUAAGGUGUUUAUGGAGUAUUUGGACAAAUUCGUCGUAGUAUUCAUCAACGACAUUCUUAUUUAUUCCAAGAGUGAUAGUGAUCAUGAGGAACAUCUGAGAUUGGUGCUACAAAAGCUAAGGGAUAAUCAACUAUAUGCCAAGUAUAGCAAAUGCGAGUUUUGGAUUGGCGAGGUGCCAUUCCUUGGACAUAUCAUUUCUAAUGGAGGGAUAUCAGUGGAUCCUGCUAAAGUCAAGGAGAUUAUGGCGUGGAGCAUUCGCACUACAGUUACUGAGAUCCGGAGUUUCUUGGGACUAGCAAGAUACUAUGAGAGAUUUAUUGAAGGAUUUUCUAAGAUUGCUAAAACUAUGACCUCGCUUCUAGAGAAGGGAAGAGAGUUUAAGUGGGAUGAGAAGUGCCAAGAUAGCUUUGAUCAAUUAAAGAAGAGAUUGAUGUAAUCACCAGUGUUGGUUAUGCCAGAUCUACAGAAGGGAUUUGACAUUUAUUGUGAUGCAUGUGGCCAAGGCUUGGGAUGUGUGCUUAUGCAAGAAGGACACGUGAUUGCCUAUGCGUCUCGUCAGUUGCGGAAACAUGAGUUGAACUAUCCCACUCAUGACUUAGAACUGGCAGCCGUAGUGCAUGCACUUAAGUUAUGGAGACAUUAUAUCAUGGGAACCAAGUGUCAAGUGUACACGGGUCAUAAGAGUUUGAAGUAUAUAUUCACUCAGAAGGAUCUCAACCUUAGGCAACGUCGAUGGUUGGAGCUCAUAAAGUAUUAUGACUUGGAGAUUCACUAUCACCCGGGCAAGGCAAAUUUGGUUGCAGAUGCCUUGAGUCGAAAGGAGCACGUUCAUUCAGCUAUUGUUGCCCAGCUACCCGAUGAGAUUAUUGAGGAUUUUAGGAGACUUAACCUGGGGAUAGUUGCUCACACUGAAGGAGUUACUAUUGAUGUGGAACCUACCUUGGAGCAAGAAAUCUGCAAAGGACAAAUUGGUGAUGCUAAGAUACAAUAGAUCAAGGAUCUUAUUACUGAAGGUCGAGGUCCAGAAUUCACGGAGGAUGAGCAAGGCACUGUGUGGUUCAAGGACAGGAUAUGUGUUCCUGAUAUUGAAAGCCUUCGUGAGACUAUUUUAAAGGAGGCCCAUGACUCGGAUUAUUCUAUUCAUUCUAGUAGUACCAAGAUGUAUCAGGAUUUGCAGCAGAAGUACUGGUGGUAUGGAUUGAAGAGAGAUGUGGCUGCACAUGUGGCUAUGUGCGAUGUGUGUCAAAGAGUUAAGGCUGAACACCAGAGGCCAGCUGGACUACUGCACCUGCUUAAGAUAACCAAGUGGAAGUGGGAAGAGAUUGGUAUGGAUUUUAUUACUAGAUUGCCUCGCACCCUGAAAGGAUACGAUUCUAUAUGGGUGAUUGUGGAUAGAUUGACUAAAGUAGCUCACUUCAUCCCCGUCAAGACUACUUAUAAAGGUUCUCAGCUGGCAGAGUUAUAUAUGGCUCGGAUCGUGUGUUUACAUGGAGUACCAAGAAGAUCAUGUCUGAUCGAGGCUCACAGUUUACCUCAAGAUUCUGGAGAAGCUUUCACGAGAAUAUGAAUACAAAGUUGAAUUUUAGUACGGCUUGUCACCCUCAGACUGAUGGACAGACUGAAAGGACUAAUCAAGUAUUGGAGGACAUAUUGAGAGCUUGUGCUCUUCAGCAUGGUAGUAGUUGGGACAAGAGUCUACCUUAUGCUGAAUUCUCAUAUAAUAAUAGUUAUCAGGCCAGUCUGAAGAUGUCACCAUUCGAGGCUUUGUAUGGCAGGAAGUGCAGGACUCCUUUAUAUUGGGACCAGACUGCAGAAAGACAGUUCUUUGGGCCUGAACUGAUUCAAGAGGCAGAAGAACAAGUCCGUAUAAUUUGGGAGAAUUUGAGGGUAGCUCAAACCAGGCAAAAGAGCUAUGCUGAUAAUAGAAGAAGACCGUUGGAAUUUGAGGAGGGUGAUCAUGUGUACCUCAAGGUGUCACCACUUCGUAGAAUGAGGAGAUUUAAAGUUAAGGACAAAUUGUCCCCUCGCUUUAUUGGACCAUUGAGAGUUUUUAGGCGAGUUGGGGAGAUGGCAUACCAACUCGAGCUACCAGAUAAUCUAACUGAUGUGCAUAAUGUAUUUCAUGUGUCUCAACUUAAGAAGUGCCUCCGUGUCCCUGAGGAACAAUUACCAAUGGAGGAGCUCAGUGUUCAGGGUGAUCUGACUUACACGGAAUAUCCUAUCAAGAUUUUCGAUACUUUGACUCGGGUUACAAGAAAUAAGGUGAUAAAGAUGUGCAAAGUACAAUGGAGCCACCAUGGAGAAGAUGAAGCUACAUGGGAAAGCGAAGAAGAGCUUCGCAUAGAUUUUCCCCAUCUUUUCCCUAGUCCUUCCUAAAUCUCAAGGACGAGAUUCUUUUUAAGGGGGGUAGGAUUUGUAAUACCCAAAUUUGUAAAUCAUGUGAGAAGGGAAUAUUACCUUUAUCGGUAUGUCUGAGUCAUAUCCAUUUACUAUCAUAUGUGCAUGAACACCAUCAAAAAGGAGUAAGUAACCAAGGACACCAAAAUAAAACUUGCAUGAUGCUGAUUUUUUACUUGAUUGUGCAUUUGUGUUUAAUAAAAUAAAUGUGUCACUAAUAGCAUAUCAAUGGAUCCAUAGAAUUUAAACUCUAACUUGAAAAUGAAACCAUAAAAAUAGAGGAGAGAAAGGAAUAUUAUUCAAUAUAAAAUAAUAUUAUAAUUAAAUAAACUUCACCAUAUGUGGGUAUGACCAAAUUGCGUGGUUAACACGAAUUUGAAUUAGCACCUAAGUUAAAUUCAAAAUUUGAAUUCAAAUGAAUUAGGAAUAAAAACGGGAAACAGGAAAUAAAAACAAAAGAAAAAGAGAAAAACUCACCUAGGCCUCGGAUCCUUCAUUUGGCCCACCAGGAAACUCUCUCACCAUGACACAGACCGGUGGGACCUCGACGUCAGUCACCGCGCGCGCCUCUCUCCUCCAUUCUUGUCCCUAGUUCACUUGCAUGUGGGCCGCGCUCAGCUGUUAACGGCGCCUGCCGAUAUGGACAUCCUCUCUGUGCUGUUGGGUCCGUUGACCCAGUUCCGUACCGCGCAUGUGGAUACUCGGAGACAGGUGUAGGACCUACCCAGUCAGCCGAACACGCUCUCCACGUAACCAUCCGUGAUCACGCCGCCGAACUCUCCGAGGACCUAGGUUGGGGACCAGCCAACUCGGCUAGUACUCCACCCAUAAAGUUGUGCACUACUCCUUUCCCUCCUUCCUUUAUUAACCAAUGAGGGAAGCCAGAACCAGUCGUCGUGGAGUUGAGAGAAUCUCCUACCACGGAGGGUGAGCUCGAGUGGGUCUUCAGUGUUCACCACUCUCGUCCUCCACGCUCGGCGACGAGAUUCUGGGCACCGGAGGUGAAGGACCGCGCCUCGUUAACUCGUCAAAAAUGAGGGGGGAAUUGUGGUUGGUUUUUGCGCUCUGUCGCAAGUCCAACGCCGGCGGCUAUUGACUUCACCGCACAACGCAUCUGUGAGUAUCGCCUAGUGCUCUGCUUCGAUCUCCUCUCCAUAUCUAAGUAGAGAGGGUUGGAUUGGGCCGCUACAUGGUGCCAGCCUGUUAGGAAAGGUGAAUGAGUCUCUGGUAUGUGGGGCUGCGUCACUGAGUCACUGGUCCGUGGACCAUAUGUCGUAGUAUAAGUACGAUAGCUGCUUUGGGCAGGGGUAUGAAAUUACUGAGAAACUGAAUACAGAGGAGCUCUCUGUUGUCUCAUUCCCAACUCAAGCUAUCUCUCUCGCCUACCUCUUUCUCUUCUUCAAUCCGCUUGUGAUCCGUGUGCUAACAAUUGGUAUGCGAGGAGUCGAUUCUCUCCCUAGCUCCAUGGAUCCCGCUACCAUCAAGUUCCUCCUCGAUUAGAUCGGCAGAAAGUUCGACGAGGCCGACGCUCGCUUCGAUCGACUCUUCGCUAGGCUGCAGUAGUCCACACGCAGAACUUCCUUCCCCUGCAACGACGACUUGGGCGUCGUCCCUACCAAGGUGCUCGUCACCUCCACAGACCCCGACAUGCCGCUCGGCUCGGGCGUCGACAGCAUCUCCACCCUCGCUAGCGAAGGGUCCCUCGAGCCAGCCCAUGGCGAUGUGGCCGUAGGCGACCUCGGUGAGGUGGGCGUAGUCCCAGUUCCAGUGGAGGCCACAACCCGGCGUCGAAGCCCGACGCUCAGCUUUGUCGGGAACUACUCGCAACCACACAACACCCAGACUUCCGCUGUCAAGGAGGCCAUGGCCGCGGGCACGGGAGACCCCAGGCAGCUCGACCAGCUCUUGCUGCUCGACCACUACGUCGAGGAGGACAUCACCAACACCAUGCCCACAAGGUGUUCGACACUCGUUUCCAUUCCGACACCUACGACCGUCAUCAAGGCAGUAGCGUCAGCUACAUCAGCGAAGCCUGCUGCGUCGACUUCUCCACCAUCUCCUAUGUGCGCGUUGUCGGCUACUGACCGUGCACCAGCUACCUUAAGCGUAGAGUUGGAUGUAACCAUCGACACGCCCAACAAGUGUUUGAUGAUGGUCCUCGACCAUGGUGCUCAUGUGUGUUACCUGCUCAAGGUAUGUGCUCCUGCUACUAAAAUUCUUGAUUGGAUUGGGUGCAUGCAGUCACAAAAACUAAGAAGCUAUAGAGGCAAUAUCCUCGGGUUAAGACCAAUUCCAUGGACAUUCUUCAUCUUCGUUGAGUUACCUAUAGUGAGGUAUUUCUGUUUGUUACCUGAGCUUCCAUGGGCAGUAUUAGCUUAUCAAUGUGGCAGCAGUAUGUUUGUUGGUGUGGUCGAAGUUGCUGUACGACUUGAUUCGUCGACCUUCCAUAAAGUUGCAGAUGAUGGAGAGCAGCUUGGGGAGCGUGUGGCUGAGCUGGAUGUACUUGUCAGUGGAGUUGAGGACGGACUGGCAAACACAAUCCUGACACUGCCUUUUGCAACUCAGCAGGAGAUCCUUCUGGCAAUGAUUUGUUGUUCAGGUAUAGGUGACAGGAAGGCAAAGCUACAGGCACAAUUUACACAAAUGCGUCUUGUUGUACGAGUGGCACAAGAUUCCCUGGAUCUUCUUGUAGAAUGUUGCGUAUGGUUCAUCAAUCUCCUUUCGUCUGAAUCCAAUGAAGUGCACAGCUACAAACAAUCAUUGCUGAAUUACAUCCUUCUUGCACGUGUUUAUGGUGAAACACUGCUAUACAAACAACAACCUAUGACGAUCAAAUGGUACUACUACUGGAUCCUAGGCAUCAUUGAUGUGGAAGCUCAUUACAUCGUUGUGUCGGCUUAUCAGUACACGUCCUUAACCAAUGUGAUGCUGCGGGAUUGCUGGUCGGUUCCAUGUGUCAUUGUGUGCAGUUGGAUCUUCCUGAAGGCAAAGUAUGGGCUGAGGAAUUUAUCGGGUGUGGGAGUUUGCGUGGCUGGGCUAAUUUUGGUCGUAUUUUCAAAUGUACAUGCUUUCGAUCGAGAAAAAGGACUCAACUCCUUAACAGGUGAUUUGCUUGUCAUUGGAGGCUCCAUGCUUCAUGCCUUCAGCAGGGUUACCAAGGAGUACUUUGUCCACGAAAGCACCAGAGUUGAGGUGAUGGCAAUGCUAGGUGUUUUUAGAGCAAUUAUAAAUGGUAUACAGAUAAGCAUAUUCAAACAAAAAGAGCUCAGAUCGACUCAUUGGACUGCUGAUAUGUGGGCUGUUCUAAUGCGUACAAUCGCUUACAAAGAGAAGGUUGAUGUGAUGUACUUCGUUUCUUUUGCUGGCACAACAACUGGCUUUGUGAUAUACUCAUACAGGGGCUCAAGGCAGAAUACUAUAGAGACAACACGAGUUACAUAGACCAUGGAUGAGUAGGCUGCAGCGGCAAACAACACAGCACAAGUUCCUGUUACUUUUGGUCGGUGCUUGCAAUUUUCCUGGGAUCCUGGUGGAAGUAAUGCUACACAUCGGCUUGAGGCCAAGCCGAAUUUUAAGAAGAGGGUAAUGUUAGGAAAGGUGAAUGAGUCUCUUGUAUGUGGCGCUACGUCACUGAUUCACUGGUCCGUGGACCAUAUGUCGUAGUAUAAGUACGAUAGCUGCUUUGGGCAGGGGUAUUAAAUUACUGAGAAACUGAAUACAGAGGAGCUCUCUGUUGUCUCAUUCCCAACCCAAGCUAUCUCUCUCGCCUACCUCUUUCUCUUCUUCAAUCCGCCUGUGAUCUGUGUGCUAACACAACCAAUACUCUAGGGCGGGUCGUCGCGUCGCAGUAAAUGGAGGGCGCUGCCGCGGUUAUCAGCCGGCGGGGUAGAUGGACGCCGUGACCGAGUUUGACGCGAGAAAUAAGAAUGUCCCUGGCCUUUGAUGCGAAGAUUGAGGGUCGAGAUUGGAACCCACGUAAUGUUUCUCUAGAGUGUGAUCGAAGCCGUUGGAUCUCCAUUUGAUGGCCCGGAUGUGGUGACUGCGUAGCGUUUCGGAUAGGGGUAACUGGAACCGUCCGAUCGGGAUCGGAUGAUGGUCAUCGCUCUGGGGUUCAUUAAACCGGGGCCGUCAGAUCUAGAUCCGAGGGACCACGCUGAGUACCGAUUCACCCGUGUCCAGAUGUAAUCAGAUCCGUUGAUAGUUGAUCCAUCGGCCUAGAUUUCAGGAUACCCUUUCGCCCUGGCUAUUUUGUUAAAGAGCCCUCCUGGAAUUUGGAAACUAACCCGCAGUCCAGUUAACAGUGCGCUGAGUCUUAGAGACUUUUACACCAGACCCCCCUACUGUUCUCAGAUUUUGAGGCCCAGUCCAGUGCUGAUUUAAAUUGAAUAAAUGAAUUGAAAAAUAGAUUUUUAAUAUAAAA